UCUCUGAGCUUAAUUAAAUUCCAGCGGGGAAAAUAUUGUUCGUGAACAUUAGUUUACAGACUCUAAAGUGUGUAUUAAAAUCUGUGACUUUUUUUUUUUGUUUCUUUAACGUGGGGUGGUCGUUGGACUUAUGAGAGCUUGUGAAACGCAAACGUGGAUGGGGAGAUGUGGUGCUACCAGAGACCCGGGUUCACAGCCCUCCUGCUGGCCGAGCUGCAGAGACAGCAGCAGUGCAGCCAGUUCUGUGACACCGUGCUCCAGGCAGAAGGUAUAUUGGUUCCAGCACAUAGUUGUGUCCUCUCAGCUCUUAGCACCCAGCUGUCCUGCGCUCUGUCCUCCACCCCUCCACCCCCAGCAGGACAGAAGCAUUUAGUGGACUUCCAGACUCUCAGGGCCUGCACCCUGCUCCAGAUCAUGAGACUGCUCUACUCUGGGGAAAUGGGGGGAGAGGGAGAGAGGGAAAGACAAGAGGCCAUUGCUGCAGCGGCCAAGCUGGGCAUCUCUGGGCUUGUGGAGGUCAGAAAAGGGGAUCAUAACGACAGAAGGGAGGGAUUAGGCCAGCAGAAAGAAGCAGGAGUACAAACAGAGCUGCUGACGUGUGAGGGGAACGGGGCGAGACAGAGCAAAUGGACGAAAGAGGUGAGGGAUGGGAGCACUCUCUUGUGGAAAGAGACACCGUCAGGUGGUGAAAGAGACAUAGGGACUCAAACGGAGGAGCUGGAGUGGAGUGCCGCUCCUUCUUCUCACCCAGCAACACCCCUGCAGACCAUUGAUAGGACUGCUAUCCAGACCUCAGCAGAGCCAGACUCCCACCUCCUCCCCCCUAACACCCCCUAUAUCCCCGUCUCCCUCUGUCCAAAAGAUGGAAACCAAGCCUCAGACCACCCCUCUCCCUCCUCUGUUCUUAUCGCCCCUUCUGAGGAAUCCACCGCAGCUGGACACACACCCGUCUUUGUCCUGCCCCCAUCCCACUUCUCUGCCCUUCCCCUGUCUCCUUCCAUCAGUCAUGCAUCUGCAGCAUUAUCAACCCAAGACACCCAGGUUCCACCUGUGUUUGCUGCUGACUCUCAGAGCUGGUGGGCGGAAGCUCAAGAAGCCAGUAGAAAGGUGAUGGCAGCUGAGGGAGGAGAGGGGGAAGGGUUUGAGCAGUUUCAGGGCAACAUACCAGGAUUCAUCAGUUACUUCUUGAACCCAGACAAAAAGGAGAACCCCCAGGGGAGGCGUGCAGGGAGAAAAAGAGGUGGAACAGGAGGGACCAGGAGGGCUGGGACAGGAGAGGGAGGAGCCAGGAGAGGCAGAUCAAGGAAAAGAGAGACAACAGACAUUGAGAAAGUGGUAGUGAGCAAGCUUCAGAAUAGCUGGAUGCGGUGGAGGUGGGGGGUGCAGGCCUCCCGGACGGGCAAGGGGGGAGGAACCACAGGCAGGAAGUUCUACCAUCAAACCAGAGAGCAUCUGCAGUCAAACAAGACGAGAAGGAGGUGUGGUAAAGCGUGGCAGAUCAGCCAGAUGGCAGUAUCAUUACCAGCUGGGUCUGAGCGAGGAGGACAAGCGCAGCGUGGCAGGAAGAGGAGUGCCACGCAACAGCUUCCCCAGGAUGUUAACCCCAUUAGCAAGAGGUGGAGUGCUCGGGCCAAAUCAGUGUCUUCUCCCAUGUCACACCACAACAUUCAGGCUAACACACCUCUCCUGAGCCAACCCCAGCUUUCCACAAAGCUUUCUCCAUCUCCCGAUCCGAUCUCUCUCCCAGCUCCCCAUAUGCCCCCAGCAACAUCCCUCCUCCACACAAACCCCCUCCAUCCACUGCCCCCCCCAGCCCAGGAGGACCAGGUUGACCAGUUUGAGCGUCUGCUGGAGGAGGUCAUGAUGGGUCUCGACAUUAUACCAAACAACAACAAUAGCAAUCUUCAUUCUAAGCCUCCACCUCAGCCAGCCAGUGGCACCACUUGUGCCUAUCCCUCCUCUGGCAACGAUUUCAUCCAAAAACAGCAACAGCAGUAUUGCCUCACCUCUGGCCUGCAGCAAGCAGGUUCAGGGUCCACAGUAGAAACAGCUGGCAGUUCCAGUGAUGCAGUGGGCGAGGUGCCUGUUCUGCAGCAGCCAGAGGGAGAGGGAGAGCUGACUGACAUACUGGAUGACUUCCUCAGGUCCUUUGAGCAACAUAUUUCCAGUUGUAGUACCAGGGAAGAUCAGAACUACACACAGGCUAGCCAGCUGCAGCGCUACUCCACCUGCAGGGAAUACAACAAACCCCAAGCCAGAGCAAAAUCUGCUCACACCCCUUAUGUAGACAGUGCCCAGUCUCCCAGCCUACCACAGGCUGUCAUACCCUGGGCACAUGCACCUAACUCAGCUCUACACACUCCAACUCCCCCGUUGCUUUCACCUCCAACUGACACUGCACAGCCCCCUCCUGUCAGUGCCAGUCUGCCCCACAGCUGCAGUGUGGUUACAAACAACAGGCAGGAAAACAAAGCAAGAACCCUAACAAGAAGGCAAAGGAGAGAGAAAACCAGCAGUCCCAAGCAAAUAUCAGGUGUCAAACUGACUGAACUUCUAGAGAGAGAAAAAUCAUACCCCAAAUCAUCCUUAGUACAUUUAAAGCUAUGCAGUGUUUCCCUUAGUAGUGCUGCUCUCACCGGUGAUCUUACAAUAGCUUCUCCCCACAUACAGCCAAAGGUGCCUGGGACAGUCAGAGGUCCAGGCAGACCGCUGGGUAGGAAAAAAAAAUCACUCAAGAAACAAACAAGAGUGGGGAAGCCUGAUGAAGAGCCUGAUAAGAGUGAUGAAACAACCAAAAUUGUGUUGGACCAAGGGGGCAAGGCUGCACAACAGCCAGUGCAGAUGCCGAUGGUGACGCAAGAGACGACUGGCCCACUGCCAGGGGGGAAGACAGACGUUGCAUCCCAGUUCAGCUGUCAGAGUCUGCAAGUCCAGAGUACUACAAAAUCAGGCACAGCAGAAACCAGCCCACCAUUAGUGAAAUAUCCAGUAAAUAGCUUCCCUGGUGAAGACGGUACAUUCAAGUGGACCAGGAAAACCUACCCAAUCAGGAGUAGACUUAAGCAAGCAAAUAUCAUGCAGAGCACACCACUUGUUGAGGAAACAGAGGAACAUCCACCAGCUGACAGUCUGCCAGAGGACAAAGCCCAGCUUGCCCAGCUGAUAAGAAUAAACCAAAACAACUUGCAAAAAGGCAAUGCCAAGAACAAGUUUAAGACAAAGCAAAGCAGCUCCAGGAAAAAAAGACAAGUUGGCAAUUCAUCUAAUGUUGAGAGUUUAAGAGUGUCGGUAUCCCCACCUGUGGAGUGCUUUGGCAUGGAUGAAAAGAUAGAGAAAAGCAAAGAUAAACAAAAAGAAGUGAAAGUUCUGUCAGAGGGAGUAGCACUGGGGACAUCAAGGAGGGCAGAGAAGAGGUGCACCGAGUCAGAAGAGGAGAAGAGCAGUGAGGCUGAUGUGGCCAAGAGGGUUUGCCUUGAGCAAGUGGUACCGACAACAUCUAAACCAUGGGCACCCGGCCUGGAACCUGUACUCUCUGUCUCUGAACCCCAGCCCAGAACCCAGGAUGGUAGUCAAGAAGUGGCGGUGACCGUGGAGAUGGAGGACGAAGUCGAUGUAGAGGUUCUCUCACAGCCGGAUGAUGAAAACAACAGGGACUGGCUCCUGUGGACAUGUAAAGGAGGAGGAGAUAUUUCGCAAGAGGGAGAGCAAGAAGAGGAGGAAGACACAGCAUGGACCAAUAUCAAACUGAUGGAUGAAGAGACAGAGAACAGCAGUGACAAAGCCAUUGUUGUAGAUGGGGACUCAGAUGCGACCCCUGACCUGGACGACCUCGAAUUCAGCUGUGAAGAGCAAGCAGAGAACUGGCCCAACGUGCUGAAUGUGAAGGCAAAGACCCCAGUUUGGUCACAUUUGGGUGUAGCAAAGCCUCCCCUGUCACCACCUUCACAGCCAGCUGCAGAGGUCAGUCUGGGGUCAACGGGAAGCUGGGAGGAGGAAGGAGAAGAGGAUGAAGUGGAUGUGAUUGGAGGGUCCAGCCCCGUCCCUGAAGCUCUGCCCAUCAGCUGGACAGAGCCGUCAGAAUCUGGGGAGGAGCAAGAAGAGAUUGAUGUCACUGGAGUAGAAAUGGACUAUGUCUCCUCAACUAGCCUGCUGUCUUCUCUAUUACAGACUGGCAAAGAGGUGGGCGUCCUCCCUCCCUGCCACCUCUGCUCAGGAAGAGAAGAGCUUUGUGCAAAAUGUUGGCUAUUUGUUCAGAACCAAAUGGAGACACUUUCAUGUGGUGAAAACCUGCAAAGAAAACAAUGUGUCAUUAUAUGUAAAGAAGCCAAAGCUAGUUUAAUCAAAAUCAACAAAAACAGGACUGAUGUGCAGUUAAUUGAGUUGAGCAUAAAGAAUUAACAGUUUUGAAGUUAUGAAAGGUGAGUCUUAAUUGUUUAAGGAUUGUUUUUACUGCUCAGUUCAGUAGUUUGUGUCUGUUAAGAAAAUAUGUUCAACUUUGACCUUAAACUUUGUUUUAGUAAGUGUGAAGAAAACACCAGCCCAGCAACAAGAGACAACUCAGGGCUAAGAAGAGAUUUGCUUCAAAAAUUAGGUUUAUGUACUUUAACUGGGAUCAGGAGCUUCAAUUAGUUGGAAAUAUACAGUAAAUAUGACAGAUAUAUUGUCAACCUGUUAUGCCACUGCUUUUCAAACUCUUUUCUGUCUGUCCUUGAAGUAGUUUGGUAUUUGUUACUGUUCUGACAGCAGCCCAUGUAUAUAUUUUUUCUAGAUUAAA